CCGCGGACAGCGGCGAUUCAGCACCGCCGACAGCGGCACCGCCAUGGGGGGCAGCGCAACGCCGCGCGGCGCUCCGCGGCUCUAGGCUGAAACGGACCCGGCUCCGACGCGCACAUGCUGAGGAGCAGCGGCGCUGGAGCCAUGCACCGGCGGCACACCACCCUGCGGGAGAAGGGCCGGAGGCAGGCCACCCGCGGCCCUGCCUACAUGUUCAACGAGAAGGGCCCCAGCCUGACGGCGGAGGAGGAGCGCUUCCUCGACUCGGCCGAGUAUGGCAACAUCCCUGUGGUGCGCAAGAUGCUGGAGGAGUCCAAAACUCUCAACUUCAACUGCGUCGAUUACAUGGGGCAGAAUGCCCUGCAGCUGGCCGUGGGGAACGAGCACCUGGAAGUGACAGAGCUCCUGCUCAAGAAGGAGAAUCUGGCCCGAGUGGGAGAUGCCCUCCUGCUCGCCAUCAGCAAAGGCUACGUGCGCAUCGUCGAAGCCAUCCUGAACCACCCAGCCUUCGCCCAGGGGCAGCGCCUGACGCUCAGCCCCCUGGAGCAGGAGCUGCGGGACGAUGAUUUCUAUGCUUACGACGAGGACGGAACUCGCUUCUCCCACGACAUCACCCCCAUCAUCCUCGCUGCCCACUGCCAGGAGUACGAAAUCGUUCACAUCCUGCUCCUCAAGGGCGCGCGCAUCGAGCGGCCGCACGACUACUUCUGCAAGUGCAACGAAUGCAUUGAGAAGCAGAGGAAGGACUCCUUCAGCCACUCCCGCUCCAGAAUGAACGCCUACAAGGGCUUAGCCAGCGCCGCUUACCUCUCCCUUUCCAGCGAAGACCCUGUCCUUACAGCUCUGGAGCUAAGCAAUGAACUGGCCAGGCUUGCCAACAUCGAGACUGAAUUCAAGAACGACUACAGGAAGCUAUCUAUGCAAUGCAAGGACUUCGUUGUGGGGGUGCUGGACCUGUGCAGAGACACUGAAGAGGUGGAGGCUAUCCUGAACGGAGAUGUGAACAUCCAUUUGUACCCCGACCACCACCGGCCCAGCCUGAGCAGGAUUAAACUUGCUAUCAAAUACGAGGUGAAAAAGUUUGUUGCCCACCCCAACUGCCAGCAGCAAUUGCUCACCAUGUGGUAUGAAAACCUCUCAGGCUUACGGCAGCAGUCGAUAGCUGUGAAGUUCUUGGCUGUCUUUGGGGUCUCCAUUGGCCUGCCCUUCCUCGCCAUAGCCUACUGGAUUGCUCCCUGCAGCAAGCUGGGGCGGACCCUCCGAAGCCCUUUCAUGAAGUUUGUGGCACAUGCAGUUUCUUUCACCAUCUUCCUGGGACUGUUGGUAGUGAAUGCUUCGGACCGCUUCGAAGGAGUCAAAAAUCUCCCCAACGAGACCAUCACUGACCACCCAAAACAGAUAUUCAGAGUCAAAACCACUCAGUUCUCAUGGACAGAAAUGCUGAUCAUGAAGUGGGUAUUGGGCAUGAUAUGGUCAGAGUGCAAGGAGAUCUGGGAAGAGGGACCACGUGAAUAUGUGGUGCAUCUCUGGAACCUGCUGGACUUUGGGAUGCUCUCCAUCUUCGUGGCAUCAUUCACUGCCAGGUUCAUGGCUUUCCUGAAGGCCACCGAAGCGCAGCAGUACGUAGAUCAGUAUGUGCAGGACGAUGACCUCAGCAACGUCACCCUUCCCCCUGAAGUUGCUUACUUCACUUAUGCCAGGAACAAGUGGCUCCCCUCGGAUCCCCAGAUCAUUUCAGAAGGCCUCUAUGCCAUAGCUGUGGUACUCAGCUUCUCCCGCAUUGCUUACAUUCUUCCAGCCAACGAAAGCUUCGGCCCCCUGCAGAUCUCUCUGGGGAGGACUGUGAAGGAUAUCUUCAAGUUCAUGGUCAUCUUCAUCAUGGUGUUCCUGGCCUUCAUGAUUGGGAUGUUCAACCUUUACUCUUACUACCUUGGUGCAAAAUACAACCCUGCGUUUACAACGGUAGAAGAAAGUUUCAAGACCUUAUUCUGGUCAAUAUUUGGCUUGUCUGAAGUGAUAUCUGUGGUGCUGAAGUACGACCAUAAAUUCAUUGAGAAUAUUGGCUACGUACUCUAUGGAGUAUACAACGUGACCAUGGUGGUGGUGCUGCUUAACAUGCUAAUAGCCAUGAUCAACAACUCCUAUCAGGAAAUCGAGGAGGACGCAGAUGUGGAGUGGAAGUUUGCUCGUGCCAAGCUCUGGCUGUCCUACUUUGAUGAAGGAAGGACGUUACCUGCUCCUUUCAAUCUAGUGCCAAGCCCUAAAUCGUUUUAUUAUCUCAUACUGAGAAUAAAAAUGUGCCUCAUAAGACUCUGCAAAUCUAAGGCCAAAAGCUGUGAGAAUGAUCUGGAGCUGGGGAUGCUGAACUCCAAGCAGCGGAAAGUUCGUUUUCACUCCAACACUCGACACACAGAGACGUUUUCUGGGAAGAACGCUUACAACAAGCCCACGAGAUACCAGGUGACAACCCUACCUCCCUCUGGAUUCUACUACCUUGGCCAUCUUCAACACACCAAGAUCAUGAAGCGCCUGAUCAAGCGAUACGUGCUGAAGGCCCAGGUCGACCGCGAGAAUGACGAGGUCAACGAAGGAGAACUGAAAGAGAUUAAGCAGGAUAUUUCCAGUCUCCGUUAUGAGCUCCUAGAGGAGAAGUCCCAAGCCACUGGAGAGCUGGCAAAACUAAUACAGCAGCUGAGUGACAAGUUUGGGAAGAGCUUAAACAAGGACAUUUGAUGACAAAGAAAGGCAACUGGUUUGCCAAACAGUAUUCAAUCUCUACCAGCAUCUUUGGAGGGCAGCAACCACAGAAACGAUGGCUGUAGCCCACUCAACUGCUGCUCACUAGCAAGUCUUAGUAGGAGCACUUUGCAUUACUCCUGUGCUUGGUGAGUUACCAGUUCAAUCUUUUGUGAUAGAGAAGAGACUUGCUGGUAAAGAUGUGUGCCCUUUGGCACUGGAAAGAGAUGCCCUCUAGAGAAAGCAUCUCUAGGCAAAAGGCAAAAAGGCAGAGGCAAAAGGCAAAAAACAAAGGCAGAGCUUCACCCAGUGAAGGCAACACAACUGUGCUCUUUUACACCCAGUCUGUACUGAGCAGGACUGGGUGAAGGCUGAAGAGGAUGUGCCAAGCAUAUUCCUUGAAAGGCUUUUAUAAUCCCUGUCCUUGGGUGUGUACUACUCCUCUACUACUACCCACAGCCAUGAAGAGAAGUUGGACAGCAUUGUGGUUAAUGAGGAGCCAGCGAGAAGUUGUCUGCUGGAAUGGCCAAGGCAAAUAUGGCAGGUAGAGGUCAUCUGCUUUUAAGACUGGACAACAGCACUGGAAAAAAUGAAUCAGGCUUGCUGGGCAAAGCAUCCUUUCACCCCUCUGCUAGAACCUGACGAAAGAACUCCCAGACAAAACCACCUCUCCACCUUUCCCAGCCGUAUUAGCUAGUCCACUAAUGGAUAUGGUCUCUUUGUACAAGUUCCAGCCUCUCUUUUAUCCUUAGACAGUCCCAGCUCCAACAACAGUGGUCUGAAAUUUCCAUAUUGAUGUGAAACUCACUUCCCAGGAACAUCCAGAGAUUCCUUACGUUGUGCUAACAGUGUUCAGUUGCAGAAGCAACACGAAGCCAGCAACAGCGAUGCAACUGAGCGCAGCCUUCAGAUCCCAGAGGUACCAAGAGCGAGCCAGGGGAUGAGAGAAAUCACAAAGAAAGCAGCUUAGCUUCAACAUGAAAUGCUUCUGGGUGCACUGAGAAGGCUCUGGUGUAAGGAAUAAAGGGAAGUGAUUGUAGAAAUCACUGUCACAUGUGCUGCGCAGAGGGUGAGGAAGGGAUUAAACUGUUGUAAAGGCUGCAGCGGUUACAGAACUCAGACUGCACUUGGACAGCUGAGUCUGUGCAACUCAACAGCAAACUCGGACAGUUUGGGGUUUUGCCUUUAGCUACAACCACCUAAAGCACACCUUAGGAGUUGGGACCCGCUGGCCUGGGCUGGCUUUUCAUGAGAGAUACCUGCCAGAUGAAGGUGGCAUCGAGGUGUCAGCUGAGAAAACGAACCCAGCAGAACCAGAAGGCGACCUGGGAGCAGCUCUCUAAGUGCCAGAUGAGACUCCAGAGAGCCUAAGAGCAUCAGAGUUAUAUUUGUAGAAAACAACAAAGCAACAAAACAAAAACAUAAAGAGAGCAAAAUCUAAAAAGUGUACUGUAGGUAGAGCUGUUUAGAGGGGGGAAGGCAAAACAUUGUAUUUUUACCUUUAAUAAGAUUAUCUUGGAUACUGUCUUAUUUUUACCUAGAAA